CCUCCCUCCCCUCAUCAGUCCAUCCAUCCAUUCAUCCGCGCCUCCUCCCUUUCUUCUCUCCCGCUGGAUGGUGCGUUGGGAGCGCGCCCAGGAAGGCACCGGAGCCCCCCUUCUUCUUCAUCUUCUUCUUCUCGGAUGGAGACGGGCUGAGCAGGGUCCUGGUCCGGCCGGCGCAGUCCACCUCCUCCAGGGUCUCGCUGAAAGCUCUUCUCUCUGGAUAGUGCCGCUGCUGAGAGCCGGAGAAAGCGGCGAGAAGGGGAGACGCGAGCCUCCAUCCCCCCGAAGGUCUCCUGAAUCUCUUCCAGGGCGUGUCACUGGGAUUCUGAUUAACAUGCGCGCUCUGGAGUGCGUGUAGCACCCUUUCAGCUCAGAGGAGUCUUUCGCGUGCUUUUCGUCUCCAUGCAUUCUUCGAGGGCAGAGGUGGGCUCGGUGGGAGCGGAGCGCCGAAGGCCCACGCCGGCCCAGACGCCCGAGGAAUGGGACGGGUGGAGGGAGCGGGGAACGGCUGGAUGGAGGGAUGCGGGGAGGGAAGGCUGGAGAGAGGGAAGGGAGAGCGGCGUGGUGCAGAGCUACAGCUUCGAUUCGUACCAGCUGGAGGAAGAGGAGAUCAGUAAGGAUGCCCCAGAGCGAGGAGUGCUAGCUCUGUCUGAGCCUGACUUUGAGCAGCCUAUCCCUGAUGACCGUUACCAUGGCAUCUACUUUGCGAUGCUGCUGGCUGGAGUGGGCUUCCUGCUUCCCUACAACAGCUUCAUCACUGAUGUCGACUACCUGCAUCACAAGUUUCAGGGAACGUCCAUAGUGUUUGACAUGAGUUUGACGUAUAUAGUGGUUGCUCUGCUGGCUGUGAUCCUCAACAACGUGCUGGUGGAGAGGCUCAGCAUGCACACCAGGAUUACAGUGGGUUACGUCUUGGCGCUGGGGCCGCUCAUCUUUGUCAGUGUGUUUGACGUCUGGUUGGAAAAGUUCACCACCAAGCAGGCUUACGUCAUCAACCUGUUGUCAGUGGGUGUGGUGGCCUUCGGAUGCACAGUGCAGCAGUCCAGUUUCUAUGGUUACAUGGGGAUGCUGCCCAAGCGGUAUACCCAGGGAGUCAUGACUGGAGAAAGCACGGCCGGCGUGAUCAUCUCGCUGUCUCGCAUCUUCACCAAGCUGCUGAUCCCUGACGAGAAGAAGAACACCCUGAUCUUCUUCCUCAUCUCCAUCAGCAUGGAGAUGCUGUGCUUUCUGCUCCACCUUGUCGUCCGGCGCUCGCGCUUCGUCCGCUACUACACCAGCCACACCCAGGGCAAAGGUCCGGUCAAGUGUCAUGAUCCACGAGACACCGGCACCGGGUACAGGGUCCAUCACGAUGUCACAGCAGAGGAAGUCAUUUUUGGAAAUGGAGGAACCGCACCGGCCUCUACGGAAGAAGGCCAUGAGGACUUUGUGGGCGGUACAUAUGUGAGAUUUGACGCUCCGAAAGCCAAGAUAAGGAAGAGCUGGCCCGGUGUUCGCGACAUGAUCUUCCAUCGUUACGUGGUGUCACGUGUGAUCUGGGCCUACAUGCUGUCCAUCGCUGUGACCUACAGCAUCACUCUGUGUCUCUUCCCCGGGCUGGAGUCAGAGAUAAGGGACCCCACCUUAGGCGAAUGGCUGCCCAUCCUCAUCAUGGCCACCUUCAACAUGUCCGACUUUGUUGGCAAGAUCCUGGCAGCGCUGCCCUAUGACUGGUCUGGGGGCCGUCUGCUCUUCUUCUCCUGUCUGAGGGUGGUCUUCAUCCCUCUGUUUGUCCUGUGCGUGUACCCGGUCAGCGCGCCCAUGCUGUCCCACCCUGCCUGGCCGUGCCUCUUCUCCCUCCUCAUGGGAGUCACCAACGGCUACUUUGGGUCUGUGCCGAUGAUCCAGGCCGCUGGGAAAGUGCCGCCCGAGCAGAGGGAGCUGGCAGGAAACACGAUGACGGUCUCCUACAUGACGGGUUUAAUGGUGGGCUCCUCUGUGGCGUACGCAACGUACAGCUUCACCCCCACGGCUGCCGGCACGCGCUUCCCCACACACGCACCUUUCAAUGCUACAGGGUACUGAAUGUCCACAUACACUACAAACGCACCGACACAUACACACAAAAGUAUAUACGUACCCAUCUGCAGCAGAGGCAAGCAUUUAAAGUUGUAGCAACAUUUUCAUCCUGCGUGAUGAACUGUCAGAGAGGAGCAGAGCUGGAGACCCCCCCCCCCCCCCCCCCCCCCCCCAGCAGCGGGCUGAGGCCGACACGGAUGACCUUUGAGAAUCACUCGAUGAAAUUACCGUCUGCAUGACAGCGAACAGAUUGUCUGACAUUUGUAAGGUGGAAAGGCAAGUUGUGUUUCACUGCAAGGAGCAAAGCAGAGUUUGUGUCACAGUUAUAUUUGUUGUUUUUAAUGAGUUCAGGAGUUAAGGGGGUCCUUCUUUUAAAACAGGGAGAUCAAUCAUAGUGAAUAAUUUCCUUAAUCCUUCCAAAAAUGUAUUAAAUAUUGGCAGUAAAAUAACUACUUGACAUUAUUUGUCCUUGUUCUACAAUAAUACAUGAUUUAAUAUGAGAAGUGGACACUAUUAUAAGGUUUGUGUCAGCAUAAAUUAAACAACUGAAGGCACUUUGAGCCAUCAUAAUUACAACUAACCACUAAAACUCCCUGGAUGUGUCUCUAAUGUAUGUAGUUAGCAUGUUGUCCAGAAUCAUUCUUCAUAUAUGAUUCAUUCUCAUUCAUCCUUAAAGAUUUGAUAAGAGUGAUCAACGACAGGAAAAUGUAAAAAUAUCCAUAUUUCUAACUGAUUUAUAAAAGCGAGUUGUUUUUGCUUGUUUUCACAUUGCAGCCCAUUAAGGCAGUGACUUACCUCAUUAGAGCUGCACAACGAGUGUGUAUCAGAAGAGAAGGUAGAUAAAAACAUCAUAUACUUAUCUUCCCAGAGUUUCUACAGCUGGACAUAUUUUAGAGCAGAAAAGAAGAGAAAAGUCUGUACAUGUGCUUACACUAGCAUGCAAACAGCUUCUCUUAUAUAGCGGUUUAAAUUGCUGCGCAAGUAAAAGGGGGCAGGAUUUUUUUUUUCCUAUUCCAAAUAAAUGUUUUCAGAUUUGAAACUUUCAAAAAUAUUGAGAGUGAGUUCAUUCAGUAAGGGUUGGAUUGAUGUUAAGGCUUGUACACAUGCUUACCAGGGAUGCGGAUAAAUGUGGCUGACCUUAUAGGUGCAUUAUCAU